UUAAAGGGACCAAGGAGGACGGAGGAGCCCGGCGGGGGAAGGAAGGAAGCGCCGCCCGAGAGGAGGAGGAGGAGAGCGGGCCCCGCGGAGCAGCCCUGCCCGGUCCCGGCGCGGCUUCCCCGGGAGACGGCGGGGAAAGGCCGGGGGGCUCCGGGGCUGCCGGAGGGAUGAGCCCAGGGGGAGCCCGGGAAAGGCGGCUGCCUGGAGGGCGAUGCGGGGAGGAGGAAACGGGCGGAGACCCCGAGACGGUCCUGGAGGGCGGAGGCUCCUUCGGAAGACCCGGGAGGCCCCCAAGGAUCCAGGAGGGAGGAAAGGAACAUCAGUGCCCGGAAUGUGAGAAAUGCUUCAGAACAAAUAGAGAUCUUCAAAGGCAUCAAAGGAUCCACUUGGGAGAAAAACUGUAUAAAUGCCUGGAGUGUGGAAAGAGCUUCAGUCGGAACAGCAACCUUUAUAGACAUCAAAGGAUCCACUUUGGAGAGAAACUGAAUAAAUGCCUGGAGGGCGGAGGCUCCUUCGGAAGUCCUGGGAGGCCCCAAAGGAUCCAGGAGGGAGGAAAGGAAUAUCAGUGCCCGGAAUGUGGAAAAACCUUCAGAACAAAUGGAGAUCUCCAAAGGCAUCUAAGGAUCCACUCAGGAGAGAAUAAAUAAAUAAUAGAUAUGUAUUGA